UCUAUUUAGUGCCCAGCAUAAGAUUCCAUAUAAAGCGCACUUACCCUAAAAGAAUUGAGAAAGGCGUUCUCUACUGUAGCGAUGGCGAGAGGGCACCAGAAGAUCCAGAGUCAGAAAAAGAACGCCGAGAAGCAGGCGAAGAUGAAGAAGGCGCAGGGCUCAGACCAGAAAGCCUCAGCACAGAAGGCCCUCAUCUACACCUGCCCAGUUUGUCGAUCUCAGAUGCCGGACCCAAAGACCUACAAACAGCACUUUGAGAGCAAACAUCCCAAGAGCCCUCUGCCUCCGGAGCUGCAGUCUGUCUGAUUUCUUCUGUCCUGUACCCCACCCCCCACUGCACACAACAACAUCAUGCCCAUAUAUUCAUCAUUGUCUGUGUGUUAUAGUAGGUAGCGUCGACUUUUUUUUGUGUUUGUUAUAAUUCCAAUAUGGGCCAAUAUUUUGCCAUAAUUGUUUUGAUCGCAAUAUUGAGUUUUAUAUAGUAUAAUUAUAGUGUAUACGUCAUCUCUUGGUAGUUCAACACCAAUUUUAUGUAUACCGUAACAUUGUAUACAAAAGCAAGAGACAUUGUGUUUAAAGUAAGACAAACCACAAAAAAUGGG